GGAAAGGGCGGGGAGUGAGGCGGAAGUGAAGGUGGCUGUGUUGACAGGGGCCUUGACUGGUUCAGCAUCGGCAGGGUCUGUCCCAUUGCAGGCAUGAUCCCCACGGAGGAGGCUUCGGCCCGGAGGAGGGAGAUAGAAGAGAAGCUCAAGCAGGAAGAAGAAACACUAUUUUUUAUUAGAGAGAGUUUAGAAAAAAGUGAUCAACUCACCAAAAACAUGGUUUCCAUCUUGUCAUCUUUUGAAAGUCGUCUGAUGAAGCUGGAGAAUUCAAUUAUCCCUGUCCAUAAGCAGACUGAAAAUCUCCAGCGCCUGCAGGAGAAUGUUGAGAAGACACUUUUCUGCUUGGACCAUGUUAUAAGUUACUACCAUGUAGCAAAAGACACAGAGAAGAUAAUAAAGGAAGGUCCUACGGGGAGACUGGAAGAAUAUUUGGGCUGCAUGGCUAAAAUCCAGAAGGCUGUGGAAUAUUUCCAGGACAAUAAUCCGGACAGCCCAGAACUUAAUAGGGUGAAAUCACUGUUUGAGAGAGGGAAGGACUCACUGGAAUCUGAAUUUCGUAGCCUUAUGACCCGAUACUCUAAACCAGUCCCACCUAUCCUGAUUUUGGAUCUCAUCACUUUGGAUGAUGAAAUAGAAACCCAGGAAGAUGUCACCUUAGAACACCUCCCUGAGAGUGUUCUACAGGACAUUGUCCGUAUUUCCGGUUGGCUGGUGGAGUAUGGGAGGAACCAAGCAGUCCAGCAACCGAAGCAACAGGAACAGUUGAUGGUAUCUUCAGGCCCAGUUUGGAGUUUUAACUGUCUGUGUGAGGAUAAGCAGCUGUCUGCAGGAGUCCAGAGAGGAAACCUAAAGAGAGAGUCAAGACCCACUUCCUACGCCAGCGUAGCCUCUAGGGAGAGCUUUAUAGAGCGGUCAGUCAGAGAAUUAGGACACAACUGUAACUUCAUGAAUGUUUACUUCCAGAUCCGUUCCAGUCAGUUGGACCGCUCUAUCAAAGGGCUGAAGGAACAUUUUCGGAAGAAUAGCUCUUCCUCUGGAAUCCCUUAUUCCCCAGCCAUUCAAAACAAGAGGAAGGACACACCAACUAAAAAACCCAUCAAAAGACCAGGUCUCUUUCUCUUUCCUGUGGCUCUGGUGACAGGCACCAUCCGUAAGGCUCAGAACCUUCUGAAACAGUAUUCUCAGCAGUGUCUAGAUGGGAAAAAGGGGGCCUCUAACCUCAUUCCUAUGGAAGGUCAUGAGCAUGAUUUACGAGUUAAACAUCUUUCCGAUACGCUGGUUGACAAGCAUGGGCCAGCUGCUGGAAGAGAUGACAUGUUGGACAUGGAAAUUGAUGCAUACAUCCACUGUGUUAGUGCCUUCAUCAAACUGGCCCAAAGCGAGUACCAGCUUCUGACUGAAAUCAUCCCAGAACACCACCAGAAGAAAACAUUUGAUUCUCUCAUCCAGGAAUCUUUAGACAACCUGAUGAUAGAAGGCGACAACAUUGUCUCUGCAGCUCGGAAGGCCAUCAUGCGUCAUGACUAUUCAGCUGUGUUGACCAUCUUCCCCAUCCUGAGGCACUUGAAGCAGACAAAGCCAGAGUUUGAUCAAGUUUUGCAGGGCACUGCAGCCAGCACUAAGAAUAAGUUGCCAAGCCUCAUAACUUCAAUGGAGACCACAGGAGCCAAAGCUCUAGAGGACUUUGCAGACAACAUUAAGAAUAAUCCUGACAAGGAGUAUAAUAUGCCAAAAGAUGGGACAGUCCAUGAACUCACCAGCAAUGCCAUUCUCUUCCUGCAGCAGUUGCUGGAUUUUCAAGAAACAGCAGGUGCCAUGCUGGCAUCCCAAGUUCUUGGGGACACAUACAAUAUUCCUUUAGAUCCCAGAGAAACCAGCUCUUCAGCAAGUAGCUACAGUUCUGAAUUCAGUAGAAGGCUACUCAGCACCUACAUCUGCAAAGUUCUGGGCAACUUACAACUAAACCUUCUCAGCAAAUCCAAAGUUUAUGAGGACCCAGCUUUAAGUGCCAUCUUUCUGCAUAACAACUACAAUUACAUUCUCAAGUCCCUUGAAAAGUCUGAAUUAAUUCAGUUGGUGGCUGUGACACAGAAGACAGCAGAGCGAUCUUACAGAGAACACAUUAAGCAGCAGAUUUUAACUUACCAACGCAGUUGGUUAAAAGUAACAGACUACAUCUCAGAUAAAAAUUUGCCUGUCUUCCAACCUGGCGUCAAGUUCAAGGAUAAGGAGAGGCAGGUGAUCAAGGAACGCUUUAAGGGUUUUAAUGAUGGUCUGGAGGAGCUGUGUAAAAUCCAGAAAGCUUGGGCUAUCCCUGACACAGAACAGAGGGACAAAAUCCGGCAUGCCCAGAAGACCAUUGUGCAAGAGGCCUACGCUGCAUUCCUAAAAAGGUAUGGUAAUGUACCCUUCACAAAGAACCCUGAGAAAUACAUUAAAUACAGAGUGGAGCAGGUGGGCGAGAUGAUUGAGAAGCUCUUUGACACAUCAGCAUGAACUCCCUGCCUGUGUGUUGUUGGUUUCCUAGUCCUCUUUUCCACCCAUCUGUGAAAGCUGUGGUUUAUGCUUGUAUUUAUAAACUCAUAGAAACACAA